AUGGAUACAACAACAACUCCAGUGCCAGCAUCAACAACCACAACACCUUUUGGCUCCUGUUUGCACGAGGAGGAACACCAGCAGCACGACGAAGGAUUCCACCCCACAGCAUCACCAAGCCAGUUGUCAUGGUCUGUUGCCACCCAUGCUCAUCAACAUGAGGACAUCAUCAACGACAGUAGGAGAGCUGCCAAAACCUCCGAAAGCAGUAGUGACGAUGAUGAUGGUCGAGGGACGACUACAAUCCAUUCAUCAUCGCCUACAGCCAAAAACAGCAUUUACAGCAAUGAUGAAAAGGCGGAUAAGCAGCAAUGGUAUCGAGUUGACAACUACUAUACCAAAUACUCUCGAUCAUUGCUUCUCGAAAACAAAGCUAGUGUAGCACGCGACCAUAUGGCCAAUGAACGAACAUUCCUUGCAUGGUUAAGGACAUCUUUAUCACUCAUCACCGUUGGAGUGGCCAUCACUCAGCUGUAUCACCUGUCACCGGAAGAUACAUCAGGAAUGGACCAUCGCAGAUUGGGAAGAACGAUGGGUGUCCUAUUUGUUAGUUUUAGUCUCCUAUUUCUGUAUUUUGGCAAUGCACGGUACUUUCAUGCACAACAUGCCAUGUGCAAUGGAUUCUUUCCAGCAAGUCGAGGGACCGUGCUCUUUGCUUCAGCAUCAAUACUGGGUAUGCUGGUGGCCAUAUUUGUUGUGUUAUUGAUGCAGCGUCUUUGA